UUUUUUUUUUUUUUUUUUUUUCAAUUUUUCUAGUAAUUGCGUGUCAAAAUGUAUCGACAAGACGUCAAAUAGAACAAGUCAAGAGAUUGAUCAAGGGAUCGGGCAAUUGAUCAUAUUGAAAGGUAACACUUCUUAUGAAGCACGCUCCGUUGUUUUACGAGAAUGCCAUGCAAUCUUUGCGACUGAAUCUUAACCCCAAGUUGGGCAAUUCUAAGUCUUCUACUAACUUAGUAGAAGAUUCAUUGGCCAGAGAAUCGGAUGUUACAGUUUCCACCAAUAUUACCCUGUACGCUGAAUACAAGGGUUUCUUCAUCUAUGUGUUGAGUGCACUUGCUCUAGGUUGUUGGAUCGGAUGGACCUUGAUACCAGAAAAGGUCCUUACGGAUUACUUAUCGGUGCAUUACUACCCCGAUAAAUAUUGGUCAUUUGCAAUACCUUCGUUUUCUUUGAUUUUAAUGGUAUAUAUCUAUCUUGCUCUUGCAUUAUACAACACAGAGGUCAAGACCUUGGAAAACGAUGAUAUAAGAAACUUUGUUGAUGAGUUCACUACCUUACCAAGCACCUUUGAAGAUGACAAAGCAGCUCAGGUAAAUGAAUCGAUUGAUUAUUUGUAUAAGGCUCCUAGUGGGGUUUGGGAUCUACCAGUAACGUUGGUGAAUGAUGUGCUAUACAAUGAUUCACAUUUAGAUGAAGAAUAACGAUACAAAGACCUAACUGACUAACUACGUAUUUUUGUUUUAACGAAU